AUGAAAUCUCGAGAGGCACUACUAAACUUGGCAACCUUGGAAAUCAUCGUUCCAAAUGGAAUUAUAAAAUUUACUGAAGAAAAUAUCGAUACUAUAUUUAAUAAAAAGUCUAGGACUAUCGCAUUUUAUGAUGAGCAACUUUGUUUCUAUCUCUUGAUCAGUCUUCCCCAUGAUUCCGGUAUUUCUGAUUUGGUUAUAGCAAAGGCGUUUUUUCAACAAUUAGAGAUAAAUGUUGAAGCAUCUAUGGUUGAUGCGAGCAAUUUAUCUGUGCCUGCUCCUCCUGCUCAAUCUAUUUAUCGUUAUCCUCCGGGAAAAUCGGGAAAAUCGAGAUCAAGUUCGGCAACUACUUCUCCUUCAAUACCUGGAACGCCUACUUGUUCUUCCAUGUACAAAAAUUUAAAUAAAGCGUCAGAAGGAACUGUUAUUUAUUCCAACACUUAUAACUUGAGCUUAGACGAACGAGGUAUGAUGGUUACAAAGCGUAAGGGUUGUUGGAAUUGUGUCAUUCCAUUAAACGCUCCUAUAGUCCUUGCACAAUCGCGUGCUCAUAGUCCAGCAUUGUCUCUAAGUGUAUCAACAUCGUUGUUACCUUUAGUCGAAGACAUUUCAAAACAUGAAAUAAUACCUCCUACAUCCGAAUCGUAUGCUGCGCAUCAUUUCGGCAAGAUGAAUUUAUUAGCUGGUCUAAAUGAUGAUCCUGCAUUUGGUGAUUCUGCAAUAUUUCGACUACCAUCUACACGUCUGCCAGGAAUAUGUAAUGAACCAAAACGAAGCAUAUAUCCGGCUGUGCAAUCAGUGAAACGUAGUUGCCGCAAAAUGCUAAAUGUUAAAUCCGCGUUAAGCGUACAGUUACGAACUACUAAUGUAUCGCCAUUGGAAAAUACCAUUUUGGUUUCCGUUGUACUGGCUAAUAAUUCUGCCGAAAAAACUGGUUCAUUUGUUGUGGAAUCAAUAAAAAUGAAUAUUCCUCAUGGCUUCGUAACUAAAUAUGAAUUAACACAUAAAAGUGAGGCUGUGGAUGAAUUCCCGAUGACGUUACACCCGGUCGAUCAGGCCACAUUUCUUUACAACGUCACAGUACUCGAGAAACCUCCCUUACCUAAAACUGAUCCACCACAGCACUGCCCUACUCCAAGCCCAAAUUCUUGCGUAUCGUCGCGUCGAAAUUCGGUAGCAUCCAUUUUUUCAAAUACUUCAUUCGAACCGCCUCCUCCUCCUGAAGAAGAUCAACAGCGAUCACUUUCCGUAAUAAUAAAAGGCUCUCCCAUAUUCGAGGGUGAGAAAAUAUCAUGUAUAGAAUCUGAAUGGAGCUGCACGCUAGAUUUAAAUAGUUUGUUAAACAAUGAUGAUUCGCUGUCUCCUAAUAAAUUAAGUCGGUCGAAUCAACGAACAUUAUCAUUAACUUCGAAAUUUAGAAGUCUAUCAAGUGCAUCAUCAAUAUCAUCAAGAAGUUCUUUAUAUUUGCCAACGGGCAUAACGACUCCAACUGUUUCAAGGAAUUUCUAUUCAGCAAUGAUGAAUGGUUAUAUAAAUAAACAAAUAAAUGUAAUGCAUGAUAAUGAGUCAUUGUACAGUGUUAAUGGUAUACUUUCUGGUGGAAGGACAAUGAUACCAAAAUCUCCAACCACAAAUAUUGAAAAUAGUGUGGUCAUGUCAUUUUUUGUAAAUACAAAUAUAAUUGUUGGUCAGGUGUUCACAAUACAAGUUUACAUAGUAAACAAAUCAUCACACGUCCAAAACUUGGCGAUUAUAGUUCCUAAUAAAAAGAGACCGAAUGAAUCUGCAGUCAGAAUAUUAUCGCCAAUAUCAUUAUCAUCAAAGUCUUCAAAAUCUUCAAAAUUGUCAAGUGUUGGUCAUACUGACAUUUUAAUACAUGGCAAUCCUCCAAGCCAAAUAGAACCUUUUAUGGAAGAAACAGAAUACUUAAAAAAAUACUUUGAUGUUGAAACACCAGAUGCAGAUAUAGUUUGUCUGGAAAAUAAUGUUCGAGUAGGUCCUUUAAAUCCUUCGUCCUCAGAAUAUGUAACGUUACAUUUUAUAGCAGUAAAAGAAUCGUUACAUGUAGUAGAACUGAUACAAGUGGUAAACACUGAUACAGGAUUUAUAACUAAUCUAAGAAAUGUUUUGGAAGUUUUAGUUUCAAAAGACUCAUCAUCUAAAAACGAGAAUAACUAUUCUGAUGUGAUAAUGAAGAAACAAGUAAUAGUUGCUGAAUAG